AUGACGAAGAACAACACUGUCACCGUCCCAUCCGCGAAGCUUUCUCCUACGAUUCCAAGACACAAUGGCGAGAUUGUAUACCUUCUGGUAGGGAACAAUGUCUUGAAUGCUGUCACAUUGUACGAGAAGCUGCUGAAGAGCGACUCGCCUGUUCUUCGCGAAGCACUGAAGCUUGCUCACGAGGAGCGUCGGAAUGCACUUGCAGUAAGGUUAUUGGGCUCCAAGUUGAACCUGACAAUAUCGCUUCCCAACGAUGACCACCACAUUGUCCAACGCUGGGCCACCUGGCACAAUGACCACCGCGCCGCCCUUGAUGAGGAAGAUCAGAACCUGCUGUCGAGAAUGUUCCUUUUCGGAGAGAGCAUAGGAGGCGUCGACUUCUGUCAGGCAAUUUUGAAGAGAAUGGCCGCUCGGGCGAAGUCCGGCUGCAUCUCGGAUGCCGAGACCGUCUUUAUGGUGUACGAACGAACCGCCGCCGGCUCUCUGAUCCGGCAAUUCUUGGUGGAUGCGUGGGUAGCGAGGGCCCCAUCGUCCUGGCUGGAGAAUACCGGAGACGGGGUGAGGCAUCAAGAAUUCAAUCAGCAACUCAUUUUAGCCCUCGCGCGGAGAUGUCGUGGACUCUCCCGCUGGCGAGAUUGGUUGCUGGGCUUGUCGUCGCUCCUGAUCUGUUUUUUGUUCGUGCAGCUUUGCCUACAUUGGACUGGUCUAGGACGCAUUCCCCCAUGGCCCGUCAGAACUAUCUCAGUGCAGCCCGAAGAAGUCGCCUCGCUGUGGUCUCGUAUUUUUCCGCGAUGA